ACAGGCCCAGUAGUAAGAGUGACAUCGAGAGGGUAGGACGUACGCCACUCUUGUCUCUGUCUAUGUGAGAGAGAGUGUGUGUGUGUGUGUGUGUGUGUGUGUGUGUGCGCCUAUGACGUCAGCCUCCCAGUCAGCCAGCCUUGCCUCACCUGCCAGGCAUCCAUCCUUCCUCUCCCCUCUCCGCCCCUACCUUCCUUCCACGCUCUUCUCAAUGGGGCGGCGCCGAGACUGCCUGCCGUGGCGGGCGUGGGUGGCGUGGGGGCCGUGUCUUGCUGCCGCCCUCACCAUCCUUGCCCCGUAUCCUGCUGGUGCCUCCUUCAGGCUGGGCAGUCCGUGGGGUUGGCGAUGCGUGAACGAAACCUGCGUGAAGGAAGAGAAAGACCCACACACCAUCUUACCUGACCUCGACACCUGCAAGCUUACCUGUGCGAGGGGAAGCGUGAUAUGGCCCCGUCCCACCGGUCUUGUGCGCAUCGGGAAGGAGACAGUUUUCUUCCUGCUGGGGGCGCUGGAGUUAGGGAAGGUGAACGCAGGAGGCCCCGAAGUGGAGGAAUUAGUGAGAGAGUCCUUCGGGAUUUUUAACAAGACUUUGGCGUCCUUAUCUUCGCUGGCUGACGGUGCACAUUUACCCAAGGGCCCUUUCACUGAUCAGGUGCGGGGACAUCGCGUGGUGGUGGAGGUGGUGCUGGUGGGCGGCGGGCAGCAGACCACCCUCACGCCACAUACACGCGAGGCCUACACCCUCAGCAUCACCACCAAGGACCUCACCACCCGCCCCGUCAUCCUCGCUACGGACUUCUUCGGCGCCCGCCACGCCCUGGAGACUCUGAGCCAGUUGGUGGUGAGCGACGAGGACACAGGCCUGCUCAAGAUAGUGCAGACGGCAGGGGUGACGGACGCGCCGGCGUUCGCGUACCGCGGGCUGCUGGUGGACACCUCGCGUAACUUCGUGACGGUGGCGGCGCUGCGGCGCACGGUGGACGCCAUGGCCGCCAGCAAGCUGAACACUCUGCACUGGCACAUCACAGACUCCCACGCCUUCCCGCUGGCCCUGCACGCCCUCCCCAACAUGGCCUACUAUGGCGCCUACUCCGCCAGGCAGGUGUACACACCGGGGCAGGUGCGCGACCUGGUGCAGUAUGCGCGCGUGCGCGGCGUGCGUCUGCUGCCCGAGCUGGACGCUCCUGCGCACGUGGGCAACGGCUGGCAGUGGGCCGAGAAGGAGGGACUGGGCCGACUUGCCGUGUGUGUCAACCAGCAUCCUUUUCUGCAGGAGCCGUGGCAACAGUACUGUGAGGAGCCGCCGUGUGGACAACUCAACCCUUCCCUCAACGCCACGUAUUCCCUGCUAGGCCAGCUCUAUACACACCUGCUGCAGCUCUUCCCCGAGCACCACUACUUCCACUACGGCGCCAGUCAGAUCAGCCUUAAUUGCUGGAACCUGACGGAGGAGGUGACGGAGUACCUGAAGGCGACAGGGCGGGGACGAGAGGCUGAGGACUUCCAUGACCUGUGGGGGGAGUUCCAGCGGCGCGCCCGUGGGUUGGUGGAGGCGGCGAGUGGAGACGUGGCCCUUGGUGUGGUGAGGUCCUCCACUCUGACGAAGGUGGAGAGACGUAAGCGCCACCUGGACCCGGCGUAUUACGUUAUCCAGAUCACCACUCCUGACGCGGCGGAGGAAGCGAGGCGCCUCACCCAAGAAGGCUACAGUGUUAUCCUGAGUGAUCCCAAGGCCUGGGACUUAUCCUGCGGCCGCGGGGAUGCUUACGGCGUUGGUCCUGAGUCCUGCGGUGCCUACAGGGGAUGGCAAGCCGUGUACGGGGCCCACCUGCAGAAGGGCGCUGGUCCUGGAAAGGUUCUGGGCGGCGAGGCGGUGCUGUGGAGCCGUCAGGUGGAUGGUAGUAAUCUAGAUGCCACGGUGUGGCCGCGAGCCGCAGCGCUGGCGGAGCGUCUGUGGAGCAACCCGUCCACUUCGUGGCGGGAGGCAGAGACCCGCUUCAUCCACCACCGGCAGCGCCUCGUGCAGCGCGGCGUGCAGGCGGAGCGAAUACAGCCCCAGUGGUGCCACCAGAACGAGGGCCUGUGUUACCUCUAGUGCCAGACCAGUGCCUGAUUGUGCUGCUCCUGAGUGCCUACAGGUGGUGCCAGCAGUGCCGCCACAGCAAGACACCCCUCCCUCAGUAGUGCGUUAGUGCCUCGGAGUGCCGCCAGGUGAACUCUUGCGUUACGGCACCAGGGGUCGUGUUCUCGAACUCUUUGGCGUCUUGUUUCGACUGUGUAUAGUAGCUGUAGUGCUGGCCGUGGUGGGGUGGAGAGGGGUGGGAUCGGGAGUGUUGAGGAGUGUUGCUCUGAAUCAAUGUUAUUGGUGGUUUUCAAAUAUUAUUGAUGAUUUUCAAAUGUCAUUGGUGGUUUUCAAAUGUUAUUGGUAGUUUUUAAGAGUAUUUUUCCUGAUUUAGUACUUUGAGAGACUCUACUUUUGGUGAGUUAUUAGUCUAUUAGGCUCCAGUGGAAGUUAUUAGGGUUUCUACCGGUGUGUCCUUGACUAUAGUGACAUUAACAAGGACUUCACAUCACCAACAUGAAAAUAAAAAAUCCUCCUUGCAUGGGAACCUGACCAAUUACGUGUUCUGUCAUGUUUAUAUAUUUUUUUUCAUGUUAUUUAUUUAUUCAUUUAUUUCCUUUUUUUUUCACGGGAAGGGCAGCUAAAGAUAGAAAUAAGGAGGAAAAUAGAAAUAAGUGUUCCUUUGCAAUCAUUUACUUAUUAUAUCUUAGUUUUAUUCUGUUUUACACGUUAAGACGAGUUGAGUGGCCGGUGUUAGAAUAUAAGUAAGGAGAGAAAAGAAAAGAUUGGUGUCC